GGUUCAAAAUGUCUUGAGUUUGGAGUUUCAAUUUCAUGGCCGCCUCCAAAUUGCUGACUUUCUCCAUAGCACUUGGUUUAACUUCUCUCUCUGCAUCCUCGGCCAUCGCAGUUUAUUUCUGGUUGAGAAAAUGGAGGGUGGAUCAUGAUGAGAAACUCCUAGCGCUUGAACAAGCUCUGAAAACUGCCUUAGAAAAGUGUGCUGCUGAAAGGCGAGGCCGCAUUAGAGCUCAGCAGGCAUUGAGGGAAGAAUUGGCUAUAGUCUGUUCUAAUGAUUCUGAGUUAAAAUCAUAUCCAAUGACACCUAUAGCUACCGUCCAGUCAUGCUUCUCUACAAGAAAUGGAACUCCAAGGCAACCUCUAUUAGUACCUCUUGCUAGAGCAUGCUUAGUGUUUAAUACAACUCGGGUUCCCCCAGCUUCUCUUGAGGGUCUUGAAGGAUAUUCACAUUGCUGGAUCAUGUAUGUGUUUCACCUAAACACAGAUCUUGAGAAGUUAUGGAAGAAUCCAUCACACUCAAAGUUCAAGGCAAAGGUAAGGGUGCCAAGACUAAAAGGAGGGAGGAUGGGUGUCUUUGCAACAAGAUCUCCACAUCGGCCAUGCCCUAUUGGGCUCACAGUUGCGAAGGUGGAGUCAAUACAGGGGAGUACUGUUAUGCUUUCUGGCAUAGAUCUGGUUGAUGGCACACCUGUUCUUGAUGUUAAACCCUAUCUUCCAUACUGUGACAGCAUCAUUGGAGCAACAGUGCCUGAUUGGGUAAAGGUGGAUAAGCUAUUGGCUGUAUCUUCUGUUAUCUUCUCUGAGGACUUCUCCACUAGUCUGAGUGAUUGUUGGUCAAUCAUGGAAAAGAAGUCGCUCUAUAAAUCAGCUUGUGAAUUCCAAUGCUUGAUUAAACAAGUGCUUUCUUGGGAUAUACGCUCGGUCUCUCAAAGAAGUAGACCGCAAAUUUCCAGAAUGGAGACCGAUAAUACUAUUACAGAUUAUGACAUCCUGGAGCUGGAGAACUGUCCUGAUAAAAUGUCGGAAGAGAACAGUGAAGAAGUGAACUGUUCUUCAAGUGAUACAACGUAUCACCUUGUUUUGGAAGGCCUGGACAUUUCAUACAGAAUUGACUGCACUGGCAAUGUUCUUGUUGAGAAAGUAAGCCUUUUGCCUCAAUCUGAACUUCGUAGUGUGGACACUAAAAUUUAGUAAUGAGAAAGUAUUUUGGUCCUUAAAUUGCUAAACCAUUUUUGUCGUAGCUAUAGCAUGUUAUUGGGCCGUGGAUCCAUUUGUGCGUUGCAUACUUUACGUCGUGGAUUAUGUACGUAGGGAUUGCCUCGUCACAAAUGUGUAAUUUGCCAUUAUCUGGUUUCUGGUGCUUGACAAGUAGUUUUGGCCAUGUUUACACAAGUGAUUGUUGUAUGCAAAGGUUUUUGGGUUUAAUGGCUUGUGCCAGUCAGUGUGUUUAUCUUUGAAUGAAUGAAUUAUUGAUGGAUUGAAUGUGUUUCA